AUGAGUAUUUCAUUUAAAAUUCAUUAUGUCACUGUUCCUGAUCAAGUGUUAUUUGUUGUAUUUGAUGAUGGUAAAGAAGUCCCAUUAACAUGGACUGAAGGUCAUUAUUGGGUUGGAAAUUAUAAUUACGAAGCUCCAAAACAUUAUACAUGGCAUUAUGUUGUGAGAAGUUAUGAUUCUGGAAAGAAUCUUAGAGAAGAAGAAAUUAUCGGAACUCGUGAACACGACUUUGUUAGUAAAGCACAAGUCCAUGAUUGGUGGUUUUACCCAUGGUUAACUGAAAUUGUUGAAGACCCAUCUGAAAAAGAAUUAAAAGAGACUGAAGAAAGGUUAAAGAGAGAAGCUGAGGAGGCUGAAAGAAAACGAAAAGAAGAAGAAGAGAGACUUGCUGCUGAAGAAGCUGAAAGAAAACGAAAAGAGGAAGAAGAGAGAUUAAGAAAAGAAGAAGAAGAAAGGUUAAAAAAAGAGGAAGAAGAAAGGUUAAAAAAAGAAGAAGAAGAGAGAUUAAGAAAAGAGGAAGAAGAGAGAUUAAGAAAAGAAGAAGAGGAAAGACUUGCUGCUGAAGAAGCUGAAAGAAAAAGAAAGGAACUUGAGGCAGCUAAAACUCCAUCACCUACUCCAGAAGAAGAAAAAAAGAAAGAAAAAGAAUUAAAGAUUAGAUUGUGUGGUUCAGAAACCAAUUGGGAUCUUUUCAAAAUGUGGACUGGUAAAGCAUGUUGCCAUGUAUUAUAUGAUUCUACAGUUGAUGAAUUUACUGCUGAAGCAUUUAAUGAAUGUGUUGGAGGAAAUAAUAGUGUUAUUGUGUUUAUCCACUCACAAGGAUACAUUUUUGGUUCUUAUACUUCAGUAAAGAUUCCAGAAGCUGGAGAAAAUGGAGCUGAAGUUAAAAAAGAUUCAAAGAGUUUUGCUUUCUCUUUCUCAAAUCCAUAUGGUCAUGGAGCAAUUAGAUAUAUUUGUGAUGAACCAGAUACUACACUUAAAUUGUUCCCAAAUAAUGAUACAGAAAAUGUUGUUGAAGUACAUAACUUCUUUACUGUUAAACAAGAGAAAGAUAAAUGUUAUAUUAGUAAGAACUUUGAAAAGUCUUAUAAUGAAACUUCUGGAAGAGGAGCUUUGAUGUUUGUUAGAGCUGUUGAGCCAGAUACUUUCCCAAUUGAUGAACUUAUCGCUGUUAAAUUGACUUUCAACAAGAACAGAUAA